AUGGCAACCAAAGGACCGAUUGAGCUCUCUGUCGAAAACAAGAUCACCGAGGCUCUCAAGCCUUCCACACUUGAAAUUGUCAAUGAAAGCCACCUGCAUGCUGGCCAUGCUGCUAUGAGAGGAAAUACGAGCAACGAGACUCACUUUCGCAUCACCAUUGUGUCUGAAGAGUUUGAAGGCAAAUCCAUGAUGCAACGACAUCGCCUUGUAUACGGCCUUUUGAAUGAUGAAUUACAACAUGGUAUCCACGCCUUGUCUCUCAAGACCAAGACCCAAGCAGAGAUGGAUAAAGCAGCAGCAGCAUAG